AUGGGCAUCGUGAUAUCCACCGGCACGCCCACCUCGCCCUUCUUCCUCACCAGCGGCAUCAUCGGCUUUGUCUCCUUCGCUUUUACUCUGGGAACGUUCGUCCGAGUGAUCUGGACCAACCUCGAGACAUUAUGCGAGGCGCAUCAUGAAGUACACUCCUACCUUACGAAUCUUCGUACAGAAUUGUUGGAGGAGCGCGCGAAUCUGAAGAUGAUGCGCAAAGGCAUGGAGCUGGACGACGUCAGUCUCAAGACCAUGUCCGACGUCGUCAGGCAGCUGUGCAAGAAGAUGAAGGAGCUUGAGCGACCCUUUCUCGCGGAAGGCGAGGCGGGGAUUGGAGACGCGAAUGGGCAUAGGAAGCGGGCGAGACGGCGCAAUAGCUCGUUGUCUCCGCCACAUUACGAUCAUGCAGCGUAUUCUUCUCCGCCGGAGAAGGGGAGUAGACGGCGCAGUACCAAUCAUGACGACGAGUAUAACGGCGAGGGAGACGAAGUAGACGACGAUUCAUUCUGGGCGCAGCGGACGCGGUAUGCGGAUUUCACGCUCGGGAAGAGGUGGACAUGGCUGAGGAAGAAGGCGGAUGCGCAGCAGAUAUUGGAGGCAAUGACGAGGCUGCAGACGCGCAGGAUCGCAAGGCAGGUCGGUGGGAUGGCGAUGUUGAUGCAUGAGUAUGGCUGCGAGACGCUGGAGCUCAAUGAGACGGUCAGGAGGAUUGACGAGAGGGUCAGUCGGGUUGUUGGUGUGAGGCGGAUGGAGUGA